UUUUUAGUUUCGUCCAAUGAAGAAACUAAGGGAAAGACUGGGAGGCGGGCUGGUGACGUAAUGCAGAUUGAUAGGCACUGAAGUCCUGGAUGUCCAGGAUUAGCCACGAGUUUCGCCAAUCCAGAGGCAGGGGUGGGACGGUGCAGGCGCAGAGAAUUGGCUUGGCUGGUUUGGAUUUAAAGCGAUAGACGCUGUUGGAGUCCUGCAAGACAGUCCUCAAUACCCUCCCCAGAAGUCUUGGGACCAUUUGGGUCCCCAGAUCUGGGGAGAUGGUUUGCGGCGGAUUUUCCUGUUCCAAGAAUGCGCUGUGCGCUCUCAACGUGGUUUAUAUGCUUGUGGGCUUAUUGCUCAUUGGCGUGGCUGCCUGGGGCAAGGGCCUCGGUGUGGUGUCUAGCAUUCACAUCAUUGGAGGAGUCAUUGCUGUUGGAGUCUUCCUUCUCCUCAUCGCGGUGGCAGGACUGGUGGGUGCCGUGAACCACCAUCAAGUGCUGCUCUUUUUUUAUAUGAUCAUCCUGGGUUUGGUCUUCAUCUUCCAGUUUGGGAUCUCUUGCUCAUGUCUGGCUAUUAACAGAAACAAACAGGCGGAUGUCAUCAAUACUUCAUGGUGGGUCUUGAGCAAUAGUACCCGACAUGAAUUGGAGAGAAGUUUUGACUGCUGUGGCUUGUUCAACCUUACAACCCUGCACCUACAAGAUGACACUUCCUGCAGUGCAAUGUGCAAAACUAGGAGCUCUACGUGCCAGAUGUGUGGGGAGAUGUUCCUUAAACAUUCAGACAAAGCCCUCAAGAUCCUUGGAGGUGUUGGGCUCUUCUUUAGUUUCACAGAGAUCCUUGGUGUUUGGCUAGCAAUGAGAUUUCGGAAUCAAAAGGACCCUCGAGCCAACCCCAGUGCCUUUCUAUGAGACUUUUGAUCUCCUGGACAGGGUCUUUGCAACCUCGGCUGGUCACCAGCUAGCUCUGUAGCCAAGGACCCUGAACUCCAGAUCCUCCUGCCUCAGCCUCCUCUGCUGGCAUUACAGGCGGUCACCACACUCAGCCAGCCUUGCUGUCUCCCAGCUUUUUAAACACCCCAAUUCUUAAAAACCUAGGGUGGCCACCCCCCACAUAUGGUGUUUUGUUUUAGAGAGAAGUUUUACCUCACUCCCAAUUUUUUAAAAACCUAGGGUGGCUACACCCACAUACGGUGUUCUGUUUUAGAGAGAAGUGUUUUACUUCACUCCCAAGAACUCAUCAAGUGAUGGCUAGACUUAUGUUUGUAUUCUGAUUGGAGGGGAGAGGACUCCAUGCAUCUGCCUACGAGGGUAACCAUUUUCCCCUCCUUUCAAGACCCUUGGCUUCACGGACAAAAUCAACACUAAGGGAAACCCCAGGGCCUCAAGAAUUUCUACUGAUCAACUGUCACCCCAUCCCCACCUACGGUCUCUGUGGAAGCAGAACCAGUCAACUUAAACUAAAGCCAUUUUGACUGAAUAUUCAAAGAAGGGAUUUGAAAGAUGCUCUCCAAGCAGGACUCCCUGCCUAGGUCCUCGUGGGGAACUUGCUUUCAUGUGGUUUUUGUCAAAUCUCCCAGUGGCAAAGCCAAUAGGAAAAGCAUUAAAGAAAAAUAAAGACCAUA